GCGAGCCACGUGGGAUCUUGCUCCAUCCGUUCGCCAUGCAGAACAGUCACAGCGGCGUGAACCAGCUCGGCGGCGUGUUUGUGAACGGCCGGCCGCUGCCGGAUUCGACCAGACAGAAAAUCGUCGAACUCGCGCACAGCGGGGCUCGGCCGUGCGACAUCUCCCGAAUCCUGCAGACCCAUGCAGAUGCAAAAGUCCAAGUGCUGGACAAUCAAAACGUGUCGAAUGGCUGCGUGAGUAAAAUUCUGGGCAGGUAUUACGAAACUGGCUCCAUCCGACCGCGGGCUAUCGGAGGUAGCAAACCGAGAGUAGCGACUCCAGAAGUUGUAAGCAAAAUAGCGCAGUAUAAGCGAGAGUGCCCCUCCAUCUUUGCUUGGGAGAUCCGAGACAGAUUACUAUCGGAGGGGGUCUGUACCAACGAUAACAUACCCAGCGUGUCCUCGAUCAACAGAGUCCUCCGCAACCUGGCUAGCGAAAAGCAACAGAUGGGUGCCGAUGGAAUGUACGACAAGCUAAGGAUGCUGAACGGCCAGACGGGGACUUGGGGGACGAGGCCCGGGUGGUACCCGGGGACUUCGGUGCCGGGGCAGCCCACGCAAGAUGGCUGCCCACAGCAAGAAGGAGGGGGUGAGAAUACCAACUCCAUCAGUUCAAAUGGGGAAGAUUCCGACGAGGCCCAGAUGAGACUCCAGCUGAAAAGGAAACUGCAGCGAAAUCGGACAUCCUUCACACAAGAACAAAUAGAAGCGCUUGAGAAAGAAUUUGAGAGAACCCAUUAUCCUGACGUGUUUGCCAGAGAGAGACUAGCUGCCAAAAUAGACUUACCUGAAGCAAGAAUACAGGUGUGGUUUUCCAAUCGGAGGGCAAAGUGGAGACGGGAAGAGAAACUAAGGAAUCAGAGAAGGCAAGCCAGCAACACCCCCAGUCACAUUCCCAUCAGUAGCAGUUUCAGCACAAGUGUCUACCAACCGAUCCCCCAACCCACAACACCUGUUUCCUCUUUCACAUCAGGUUCAAUGCUGGGCAGGACAGACACCGCGCUAACAAACACAUACAGUGCUUUGCCACCCAUGCCUAGCUUCACAAUGGCUAACAACCUGCCUAUGCAACCCCCAGUACCCAGCCAGACUUCCUCUUACUCUUGCAUGCUGCCCACAAGUCCGUCAGUGAAUGGGAGGAGCUAUGAUACAUACACCCCUCCUCACAUGCAGACACAUAUGAACAGUCAGCCAAUGGGCACCUCUGGCACCACCUCAACAGGUCUUAUUUCCCCUGGAGUAUCAGUUCCUGUUCAAGUUCCCGGCAGUGAACCCGAUAUGUCUCAAUAUUGGCCAAGAUUACAGUAAACCAUGUGUUGAUUUUGUAAAUGGCUCUAUGGACAACAGUUGGGAUUUUUGGCUGUAUUUUCUAAAAGAAGAAUGGCUUUCAAAGUACUUCUGUACUGCAACUGUGCCCUCUGAUGCAACACAUGGAGAAAGACUUUAACAUGGACCUUUGUAUACUGAAGGCAUUAUAUCACUUGGAACAAAUCUUCAUUUUGGUAUCCAAACUUUUAUCCAUUUUUGGUGUAUAAUUUGUAAAUGGGCAUUUGUAUGUUAUAUCGGAAAAAAAGAACAAUGUAGACUGAAUGGAUGUUUGCUUUUGUGUUGGUCAUGAAAUUGUUUUUGUU